AUGGCAACUUCGCUUCCUGAAGUCGACACCCUCGGCCAACUUCAAACCGAAGCACCCAAUCUACUAGCGCAUUCAAUUGAUACGCUCAAUACGUUGGAUCUUUGCAAAGCUUUUAAUCGCGAAGAAGAGCGGGUAUGUCCGGCCAUUGCGUGCUGUUUACCAGUGAUUGCCUCAUUGAUCGAGGAUCUCGUUCCUCGGUUACAUGCUGGAGGACGGCUCAUUUACGUAGGAGCUGGAAAUAGUGGCCGAGUUGGGUUUAUGGACUGCAGCGAGCUCCCGGUUACAUUUUCCGUCGAAGAUGAUAGAUUUCUGGCCAUCGUUGCCGGGGGAAGUGAAGCAAUCAUCAAGGCACAGGAGGUUGCAGAAGAUUCAGAGGAGGAUGGGUCAACGCAAUUGGAAAGGUUGAAAAUCACAUCCAAUGACACUGUCAUCGGCAUCUCAGCAUCGGGGCGGACUCCAUUCGUUCUUGGGGCUCUCCGAGUCGCAAUCAGGCAAGGUGCAUUGACAGCCUCAAUCACAAACACAACUCCUUCUACGAUCGGAAGUCUGGGGGUCACACAUUCCAUCGUUCCUCUGCUGGGACCAGAGUUUCUUGCCGGCAGUACCAGGCUAAAAUGCGGCAGUGCGGCAAAGCAAAUUCUCAACAUGAUCAGUACAUGUUCCAUGAUCGAAAUGGGCAAGACUUACCAUGGACUCAUGAUCGAUGUACGUGCGAAAAAUCACAAGCUCCUGGCCCGGGGUCGCAGAAUCAUCCGUCAAGUCCAUCACAUCCUCCAAGAAAAGGGUCACCCCUUCGACGAAACGAUCCAAAAUCCAUACACGAUAGAAGACUCAGUUCUGAAUGACCUAAUUGAACAAUGUGGGGGAAAGGUCAAGCUUGCUUGCUCCGUGGCUGUGUCGGGUCUUCCAGUAGACGUUGCUAAAAAUCGCCUUGAUCUGGUCAACGGCAACUACCAUCUCUUUAUUGAAUCACUCCAGCCAGCUGUGUCCGAUAAAUUUUCCAAAAAGUCCGGCCAGUUCAGCGAAGAGCUUUUCCUAGCUAUUGACGGUGGAGGAACCAAAUGUGCAGUCUCUAUUGCUAGUCAGACUGGAAUCGUGGCCCAAGCCUAUGCUGGGGCUGGUAACUUUCACUGCGUGCCGAUUGAUAUUCUCAUGAAUCAUAUUGAAAGUGCCGUGAUGAAGGCUCUUUCCCUAGUGUCCGAUGAAUCAAGGCCACUAUAUUCAAAGGGAAUGCCAAAAUUUGCUGCUGUGUGGGCAGGUCUAGCUGGGUUACAGCAUGCCAAUCGCCGGGAGUGUUUGACCAAGUCGAUGGAGCAGCUGUUUGGGGUAUCUGCCGAAGAUGGCACUCUCCGUCUCUCAAGUGACAGCGAGCUUCUGAGUGCUCAUAUCGGCCUCGACGAUUCAGUCACGCAUGGUAUCUCUCUAAUUGCUGGAACGGGGUCAGUUGCGACCGCGUUUAAGCAGGACUCCAACGGGGAUGUCAUACAGAUUGGCCGAGCUGGUGGCUGGGGGUCCUUACUUGGAGACCAAGGAAGUGCGUUUGACAUUGGCAAACAGGCCGUACAGGCAUUGUUGACCAGUCUGGAAUUGAGUCAAGGUACCGAAGUGGAAUGUCUUUCCGAGCUUGAGCGUGAAGUUUUGGCAAGUCUUGGACAUCGCAAAGAAGGCUUGCUAUCUCAUAUCCUUUUCCCUGAGACAGACACGAAGAAAACCAUUGCCGAUCUCGCAAAAGUUGUGACAAGGCUAGGUUUCAGAGCGACAAAUCCAGACCCUCAAGCCUUGGAAAUUUUGACCUCUGCCGCCAGAUCUCUGGUUCGGAUCGUUAGGCCACUUGCCAAAAAGCAGAUUUGUGAUCCAGCAACUAGCUCGCUGAUUUUAUCGGGAGCGUUGACGAAGAUCCCUGAUUUUCAAAACUUGCUUCUCGAUGAAUUGUCAUGGCAUGGGAUAUAUGCCUUCAAGAAUGUUGUUAUUGUUGAUGAUCCGUCGUCCGAUGCUGCAUUGUUUCUCGCUAAGCGAGUAUCAAGAAAGAGUUAA